AUGGCGCUCAAUCUCGAGAAACAGCUGCUCUUCUACGGAGCUUACCAUAACAAUCCCAUCAACGUCGCAAUCCACAUCACCUGCGUCCCGGCCAUACUGUUUACUGGCAUCAUUCUUGCCUGCAACUGUCCGCCGCUCGUCACCCUGCCAGAUGCCCUCCAAAUCGAUUACCUGCCCGUAAACGCCGGCACAAUCGGCGCCCUUAUCUAUGCCACCUUUUAUGUCCUUCUAGAGCCUAUGGCGGGUGGUCUACUUGCACCCCCCUUGAUCGCAACUGCAUACUAUGGAAACUACUUCCUCAGCACACACGGCAACAUCGUGAACUACUGGGCGGGGGGUGUCCAGGUCGUGGCAUGGGUGGCACAGUUUAUUGGACACGGCGUGUUUGAGAAGCGUGCCCCUGCCUUGCUGGACAAUCUUGUCCAGGCUUUCCUGCUUGCGCCCCUGUUCGUCUGGAUGGAGGUUCUCUUCUUCUUCGGAUAUCGCCCGGAGCUUAAGGAGCGUUUUGAGAAGGGUGUUGAGGCAGAGAUCCUGAAGUUCCGGAAGCAAAAGAAUGGGAAUGGCAAGGGUAAGGCCGAGGCAGAGCAGUAG